GUCGACGUGACGUCAGGCGACAUUUGUUGUCAUUUCUGUGUUUUUGUUGAUAAGAAUACAACCGAAGAUCAUCAUCGCUCUCUCGGACGGACCUAUGGUGAACAUCAUAGAGACGUAGAAUGUGAAACAUGAUGGCUGGUUUUGAAACACAUCAGGAGUAUCAGCGAAUAGAAGACUACGAUGAAGACACACCACCAGGAGAGGAAGAUUUACUCAUCCAUGUGCCAGAGAGCAGAGGAGAUCCAUGGCAUCAUAUCAAGAACCUUGACAAUUUCUUCACAAGAAUCUACCAUUUCCAUCAGAAGAAUGGAUUUGCCUGUAUGGUGUUAUCAGAAAUCUUUGAGCUUGUGCAGUUCCUUUUCGUGGUCACGUUUACAACCUUCCUCUUCAACUGUGUGGAAUACGAUGUUCUCUUUGCCAACCGAGCGGUCAACCACACGGGCCAGACCCCCGGACCCCUGGACAGGAAUAAGGUCACCCUUCCCGAUGCUAUUCUACCUGGCGAGCAGUGUACAGAGAGGAUUCAAGGCAACAGCUGGAUCAUCUUUCUCCUGAUAAUGGCCGCCAUUUUUUGGGUCUAUCGGCUCGCGAAGGUGAUCUGGAAUGUCCUCAGCUACUGGGAGAUCCGGCAGUUUUACAUCAAAGCGCUGAGAAUACAAAUGGAUGAAUUGUGUAACUUUACAUGGCAAGAAGUUCAAGGUCGCUUGAUUCUCCUGCAGCGUGAGCAUCCAAUGUGCGUCCAGAAGCGAGAACUCUCUGAGCUGGACAUCUACCAUCGCAUCCUCCGCUUUAAAAACUACACCGUGGCCAUGAUCAACAAGUCCCUGCUGCCCGUCAAACUCCACGUGCCCUUCAUGGGCGAGAUGAUUUUCCUCACGCAGGGCUUGAAAUUUAACUUUGAGCUCAUAUUAUUUUGGGGUCCCCUGUCGCUUUUCCAAAACAAAUGGAGUUUACAUCCCAAGUACAAGCGGGCGGCUAACCGUCAGGACCUGGCCAGACAGCUCAGUCGUGUCAUCCUGUUUACCGGUCUUGUCAAUCUUCUGCUGUGCCCGUUCGUGCUGGUGUGGCAGGUGUUGUACGCCUUUUUCAGCUACGCCGAAGUCAUCAAACGGGAACCGGGCAGUUUGGGGGCGCGGCGGUGGUCGCUGUAUGGCCGUCUGUACCUGAGACACUUCAACGAGCUGGAUCACGAGCUGCAGGGCAGGAUGGGUCGCGGCUACAAACCGGCCGCUAAGUACAUGAACGCCUUUGUUUCUCCUUUGCUAGCCGUUCUGGCGAAGAACGUGGCUUUCUUUUCUGGUUCGGUACUAGCUGUGCUCAUCGCCCUGACGGUGUAUGAUGAGGACGUGCUGACUGUGCAACACAUACUUACGGCCAUCACUAUACUGGGAGUGGUCAUCACCAUCACCAGGUCAUUUAUUCCUGAUGACCAUAUGGUGUGGUGUCCCGAACAGCUGCUGCAGUGUGUUCUGGCACACAUCCACUACAUGCCCGACCACUGGAAGGGUCACGCCAACAAGAGCGAAACCCGCGACGAGAUGGCUCAGCUCUUCCAGUACAAAGCGGUCUUCAUCCUGGAGGAGCUCCUCAGUCCCAUAAUAACCCCCUUCAUCCUCAUCUUCCCCCUGCGGAGCAAGUCUCUGGAGAUCAUUGACUUCUUCCGCAACUUCACCGUAGACGUGGCGGGGGUGGGAGACAUAUGCUCCUUCGCACAAAUGGACAUCAGGCGGCACGGCAACCCCCAGUGGAUGUCUGAAGGUCAGACGGAGGCGUCCGUGUACCAGCAGGCUGAGAACGGCAAGACUGAACUCUCUCUGAUGCACUUCACCAUUAAAAACCCUCGCUGGCAGCCGCCGCAGGAGAGCUCGGUGUUCAUCAGCCAUCUGAAAGAGAAGGUUCAGCACGACGCUCAGACGGGACCGUCUCCACACCUGCUUCUGUCUGAAGCUCCUCUCUGCACAUCACUGCUAUCCAACCAGUCCGCCACCGGCCCUGACAAUCUGUUGGCCAGCGUGUUGGCUCACCCCGUCCUCACCGCGUCCUGUGUGCCCGGGUGGAAUCGCCGCUUUAUCCCUCAGAACAGUGCGGCCUCAGCUGCGGCCAGCGUUCUGGCGUCUCUGUCUUCAUCUCAGCAGCCUCACGCCGGACACCGCUCGCGCCCGCACGCUCUCAGACAGACUCAUGACAGCCCCGUGUACAGCAGCGACCACACGCUGGGCGACAGCAUGUCUGCAAGUGACUCCAUGAUCCUCAGUCAGUCUUAUUCAGCACUGGAGUCUGAGUUCGCAUCAGCGGAGAUGAGUCUUCACGCUAUAUACAUGCAUGAGGUACAUCAACAGAAGUCCCAGAAUGCACCUGGACAGUCACACACCUCCGUGCCAAUGAGGGACAUGAGUGCCAACAGCGACCCUCAGAUCGUGUCCACACAGACAGACAGCCUGGUGCCGCCCGCUUCCGGCCGUUUGGGCGGCUGGGCUGAAGAGGAAGAGGCUGAUGAAGAAGAGAUCAACAACAGCAGCAGCAGUCCUGUGCCGGAUCAGACCAGCAGAGGGAGCAGCUGAAGUGCCUUCAACCUGGACUUGUUUGUGGGAGGUAUGUCGUGGCCUUACUUUGGUUUGCCAUCUUCUGAUCGCGCAUGCACAUCAAACAGCCCUUCAGAAGAGACUCGCUUCUCCGUUCGUCCCGGACAGCGGACACUACAGGACACUGACAGAGUACGUCUGCCACCGCCCCGCCCUCUUCACAUCAAAUAUAUUUAAGUGUAAGACUGCUGUGUAUGAUGUAGGUGUUUAUUUGCGUUAUGAUGUCACGCUGACAGCGUUCAAUCACAAGUGUACAUUGUUUUUACAGUAUUUAUUUCCAUUUCAUUUCUUUCAUGCCGAGUUUGUUUCGUAGGAUUUAGAAGCGAGUAACAAAACUUGCUUCUGUGAUUUAAUAGACCGGAUGGUUUUACGGGCAGUAUUUGUUAUAUUGUCAAGCGCUGCCUUUGUUUUGGGGAGAUAUUGACGCAUCUUUACAUCAUAGUGUUAUCAAUUGAACGUCUUUACAGCACACGCAGACAGUGAAUGUAAAAUCAGAAAACAUUAUUCAUUAAAUUAAAGCUUUUUAAUUGAGAAGAUUUAAUAUAUCACAGUAAGAGAAUGCACUUUUUUGACGAAUUAAAAACUAUUUCAGUAGAAGUACACGAGUCUCGGUGAUGAGACAUUACCAGGAUCAAAAGUGUACAUUUUAACACAAAAGUGCUCAAGUUUUAAGCAAGGCAAAAAAUCAUGGUUGCAAAGGAGGACACAGUUUUUAAAAUAUAGCAAAUGAAUAAAAACACCAGUAAAUAUGCAGACUAGUUUUACCUUCGCUUGACACUGAAUAUCCGUUUUGUGCUCUAAAUAAAAAAACAUAAUAACCAUUUAGACUGAUCCGAUGAUCAUAUUACUGUCGUAAUGGGUUUUGUUAAGAAUAAAAAUGCUAUAGAGAUCAUUUGAUUUUCCAAAAGAAGACGCGGUCAAGUUCACACGGGAAGCACAAUUAGUGUUUUAAACCCGAAAAUAAGUUGCGGUGCUUCAUUCAGAACAGAUCAAAUAUUGAUUUGACCCAUUGUACCUGUUCAGCUUCUUCCACAUAAUUUAACCACAAAACUCACUCAAGUUCAUAACAAUCACUGUUUAAGAUUAAAGAUUCUAAAGGCCCCAAAAAUGUGUUUCAAAGCCUUCGUUGUUUUAUGUCUGGUUGUUCACUCCUGCGGGUCUCAGUUCCUCCCACAUGAAUUAAAUAUUAAAUGCGUAACAGAUGAGCUUUCACUCUGGAUCCCAGAACUCAUCAGUUCAGCAGGAAUGUACACGUCUGUGGGGUUCAUUUCCUGUGUGGUGCUUACACUUCAAUCCGUUUUUAAGCUUCAAUCACUUGCUAUCUAGAAUAAAUAUCAUGUUUUAAUGAGGUCUAACCUCAACAUCAUGAGUCUUUAUCUUAUAUGGUGCAUCGAUCCCUUUAUAGCUUUGUUAUUACCGACUGAACGCUUAACUUGAGUAUUUCCAUCACUUGAGCGCAGAUUAUUAUUAUGUGAACAAGGGUGACAUCAUCAUCAUCAUCAUAGCCAGACCGAAAUACCUCCUAAUGUACCUGACGACCCAUAUAUAUAUAUGUACAGUAUUUAUUUGUAUGGGUGUGAUGUGAUGAAACCGGAGUGAAGGUGACUGAUCGAGAUCAGGAUGUAUCCACACGCUAUCAUAGGUUAGCAGUAAACGUUCAGGAGGUAAAGGUGAACAAAACUCUGUUAUCUUAAUGUUUGAACAGUCCGGGUUAGACUGUGCCAGGUGCUAUAAACAUAUUUCAUUUGUUUGAAUAUUUAUCUGUUUAUUUUUUGAGAUUAUUUGGACUAUGUCUGUUUGAACACUAUCUGAAAAUAAACCGUAUUAAAAAUC